UGCAAAUUUAAUUUAAUUUUUUUUGCACACCUUGCUUAAUUGUUCAAAGGGGAUAUCUGACAAGCAUAAAAGUUUGGGGUACAAAUAGGUAAAAGAGCACUAAUGUGACAUAUUUGUCCCAUUCCAGUGUAAAGAAGUAAACUAUAUCAUUUGAAACCUAGUACGGAUAUCCACACAGUCUACUCUGAGAUCCUGUUUGAGAGAGAAUGGGUCUCCUAGCACACAACAGGGCUUGGCACUGACAGAUACACUGUCACACAUAGGAGUGCAGAAGCUCGCUCCAUUUUUUGGCACUCCCCCUCCUUCUCCUAGCAUCUCUAAUAAGACACAUGCUCCUGGGCUGGGCUGUUCACUCACACCAGCCUUUCCUGGCUUCUGCUGCUACGCAUUACACACUCCUUACAGUCCUGCAUGGCUUCAUGGGUGGAAGAGUUGUGCCCUUUCUGCUCACACUUUCAUCAUCUCACCGUCUAGCUGUACAGCUGAGCCCAGCACUGCACCCCCAAUUCCCUCUCAUCUUUACCCUCUGCGUUAUGGCUUGUGCCCUGGGUGUGUUUGGAUUUGCAGCUGUAUUACUCCCUGCCCAAGGAAGGGCAAUCCACAGUGGGCAGUAAACAGAUCCACCUGCCUCAUCUUGGUAAAGGGGGACACCUCGCCACAUCCGUCUGCCUGCAGGGGGAGUGCCAGCACCGCUGGGCAGCAGGGACUAUGCAGUUGGGACUGCUGGCGUUGGUGGUGGUCUUUCUCAGCUCUAUGGGUUACAGCGACAGCCUCAAGAUCCCCAGAGGAAGGAGGCAGAGACACACAGCAAGUACUGAAGUGCCGGCAUCAUGCUCCAGUGGCUGUGAAAGCUGCUCUGAAUACAAUGGAUGCACAAAAUGUCGACCACGACUUUUCAUCCUCUUGGAAAGAAACGACAUCCGUCAGACAGGGGUGUGCCUUGCUACUUGUCCUGUUGGAUAUUACGGCAUUCGAAAUCGGGAUGUGAACAGGUGCACACAAUGCAAAAUAGAAAACUGCGCUGAAUGUUUCAGUCGAUCAUUUUGCGCAAAAUGUAAGGAGGGCUUAUAUUCAUACAGUGGCCGGUGUUACCACAGCUGCCCUGAAGGCUUAAACACUGUCAACAGCACCAUGGAGUGUGUAGUGCGAUGUGAGCUGGGUGAAUGGAGUCCAUGGGGCCCUUGCAUGAAGAAAAACAAAACAUGUGGUUUCAAAAAGGGCAGCCAAAGUCGUAAGAGGGAGCCUACACAGCCCCCUAGUCCGGCCACCAUCAGUUGGUCUGCAUCUCUUUCUACCUGUGCUCCUGAGACUGAGACACAGAAAUGCAGUGUGCCGAAGAGGAUCCCCUGUGGAAAAGGAGACAAGGGGACAACGCCUAAGAACCAAGGAACGUUAAAUGGCAAAAACCGUGGUCGAGACUCAAAGGAAAGUAACAAAGGGGGAGGCAAGAGGAAAAAGGCCCACAGUCCAACUACUACUGCUCCAUCAAUGAUAACAAGCACCAUCACUUGACCUGAAAGUGGCAUAUGGUGGGCCAAAAUUUGGAAAGAUGGUCCACCCUGAAAGGCUGCUGAGUGUUACUUAAUUGUGUCACUAUCAGACUGAUGUUGAAAAGGAAUAAUAAUGCUGCUGCACAUUCAUGAAAAUGCUCAAAGGGAACUGGAGGAUUGCUGCAAUAAGUAAUAAAGUAUGUACUGUUUAUGUUAGACAUAGGGAAAAGAUGUUUCUUUGUGCAAUUGGAAGCACUUUGAAAGACUGCCCUAAAAUGAAGGAUCAUUCUUUUGUAAACAGUGUUUUGUGGGUGAAAUACUAUAUAUAUGUCCCGCUUUUAUAUUUGACUAAAGACUUCUAUGCUCACAUUAUGAAAGAUACUUCAAAUGAUCCUUCCUUCCAAACACAUUAGCUUGUUGCUCUUUUCCAAAUCUUACAUUGAUUCAUUUUCUCGUGUUGGCUCUGCUUUAUUUUGUGAAAAGUACCAAUCAAAAGCAGGAAUCGAUACACUUCUUCUCUUUAUAUUUCUGUUGUAUAAUGAACCCAAAGAAAAUCACUGGAACUAAUUUCUGUUUUUGUUGUAAAACUUUGUGUUUUUUUCUUCUCUUUUAAAAAACAUUUUUGGCAAAAUGAUUACAAAUCAGCAAAAAUAGGAUGUCUAAAGACAGGACAAACCUAAUCCUUGGUUUCUUAGGCAAACAUUUUUCACUUCUAGCUAUCUUUGUAUAACGAAAGACUGAUCAAAGAGAACAAUAAUCCACACAAACAGAGUAAUGAAUGUAUGUUUGAUUUGGCUGGGAGCAGUGAGCUGUGUUUGUGUUCAGACAGAAAGAUGGAUAAACAUUGUGAUCAGAAGAGUUUGUUAGGAAUUGCAUCUAACAUACACCUGUAUUGGGUCAGUAUAUGUGUGUGUGUGUGCAUGUGUGUGUGUGUGUGUGUGUGUGUGUGUGUGUGUGUGUGUGUGUGUGUGUGUGAGAGAGAGAGAGAGAGAGAGAGAGGAGGCAAUAGGAACAUUGUAUGAGCACAUUAUUUCACUAGCAUUUAUGCACAGCACAUCUACAUACCACAUGUCUCAUCAGUUAUUAUACAUAUCUUUACAACAGGUUCAGCUAUAUUUAGCAAAUAAUCCAUACAGUUCAGACAUAUACAGCACUAUCAGAGAAGACAAUGCUCUAGCACAUAAGUGAUGCAUUUCUACUUACACUGAGUUUUUGUAGCAAAUUUUGACAUAAGAAUACUGGUUUCUUUAGUAGAUACUGAGCAUGGACAUUCCUGUUGUGGUGUCUUACUGAAAUUGUCUACUUCAGUGUAUGUUGAUCAUGAUUACUUAAUACAAUAUUAAUACAGUAUACCUUAUGUUAUUGUAUAUCUUAUUAUUUGAAAUUCCUGCAUAAAAUAAAAUCUAGA